CUCUCAUGAAAGAUCCUCGGUCUCUUGUGGAUUUAGAAUCCUGGAGCAACCCACUAUCCCAGAGCAAGAGUCAAAGAUGUUUGUCUUGCUCUAUGUUACAAGUUUUGCCAUUUGUGUAAGUGGACAACCUCGAGGUAAUCAGUUCAAAGGAGAGAGCUACGCCCCAAGAUAUAUCUGUAGCAUCCCUGGCUUACCUGGACCUCCUGGCCCUCCUGGAGCAAGUGGCUCCCCUGGACCCCACGGUCGGAUCGGCCUUCCAGGACGAGAUGGGAGAGACGGCAGGAAAGGAGAGAAAGGCGAAAAGGGGGCUGCAGGUUUGAGAGGUAAGACUGGACCGCUGGGCCUUGCUGGAGAGAAAGGGGACCAAGGAGAAACGGGGAAGAAGGGACCCAUGGGACCAGAGGGUGAGAAAGGAGAAGUUGGUCCAGCUGGGCCUGCUGGACCGAAGGGAGACAGAGGAGAGCAAGGGGACCCAGGGCUGCCUGGAGUUUGUAGAUGUGGAAGCAUCGUGCUCAAAUCUGCCUUUUCUGUUGGCAUCACCACCAGCUACCCAGAAGAGAGGCUACCGAUCAUAUUUAACAAGGUCCUCUUCAAUGAGGGAGAACACUACAACCCUGCCACAGGGAAGUUCAUCUGUGCUUUCCCGGGAAUCUACUACUUUUCUUAUGAUAUCACAUUGGCCAAUAAGCAUCUGGCAAUCGGGCUGGUGCACAACGGGCAGUACCGGAUAAAGACCUUCGACGCCAACACAGGGAACCAUGAUGUGGCUUCAGGGUCCACAGUCAUCUAUCUGCAGCCGGAAGAUGAAGUCUGGCUGGAGAUCUUCUUCAAUGACCAGAAUGGCCUCUUCUCAGACCCAGGUUGGGCAGACAGCUUGUUCUCCGGAUUUCUCCUGUACGUUGACACAGAUUACCUAGAUUCCAUAUCAGAAGACGACGAGCUGUGACCAGGACUGCUGACCAGCAGGUUCCAGAAUCCUUGUGGGAGACACUUUGAUUUCAUCAAGGGGCCCUGGAAGGUGGAAUACACAGCAAUGAGAUCCAAAGACUCCCGCUCCGAUUCCAGAGUAUUUACAGACAGCUCUAGCGACAUUUAUUAUUAAAACAAGAUGAUCCACCAAACUAUUGAAACCAUACCAAGAUGAAUGAUAUAAAACAAUAACCCCAGAUAUGAAUUCUCUUGAAAGCAGUGUUCAUAAAUAUUUAAACAAAUCCAAGACGAUGUUAACAAUUUUUUUUUAUUAAAUUCCCUGAGUGAUCAGACCAGACGGCAAUGAUAAUGUCUCAUUAAAUCUU